CUAUUCCGUGAUGCUGCGGUGAGUGCAAUAGCGUGUUUCUCUACAGUCGGAGCAGUGUCGCCACACACACCUCUGCGCGACCGAAGCACUGAAGGAACCCAUUCCGCAUCAGCGCAACGCUCGUCGUCCUGCUAUCGUUAUUGCUUCGUUACAAAAGCAAAGCUGUGGCAAUUCUCUUGUACGCACUGUGCUGGUCUCCCGUGACCCACAUUGGUGAAGCAACGCAACUGUAAAAGCAAACUGAGGAGAGCAGCGGGGACGAAACUACAAAUCCCAGAUGCUGGAACAAUAUCCUCACACGGUUCAGUCUCCUGUAAUCAACCACUACGGACCUGCCCACUAGCAUCUCCUCUCUGAUUGGAUCCCGGUAGAUAAACUCCCCGAUCCAAUUGGCUGUAGCAGUUGCCAAUCUGGACGGAAAUGUAUCCAGUUCCCCGGUAUCCAGUUGCAGCCUUUGAGAACAGACUACAAAGAAACGGGAGCUUGUCUAUGGGAUCUCAUUGUUUUGCACUGAUACAAACCUGAGAAGGAAUUUACAAUUUGGUUUUUUUUCUCCCCUUGGCUCUCACUAAUUUUCCCACCGGCUUCAGGAUGAUGAAGUUUAGGUUCAGGAGACAGGGGAAUGAUCCCCAAAGAGAGAAAAUCAAACAGGACCUUUUUGCUUUUAAUAAGACUGUUGAACAUGGAUUCCCCAAUCACCCCAGUGCCCUGGCGUAUGACCCUAAACUGCGGCUGAUGGCCAUUGGCACAAAGUCGGGAGCUGUCAAAAUCUAUGGAGCCCCAGGUGUGGAAUUCACAGGCUUGCACAAGGAGACUGCCACUGUGACACAGAUGCACUUUCUGCCUGGUCAGGGACGGCUGCUGUCCCUGCUGGAUGACAACACCCUGCACCUUUGGGAGCUCAACCUGAGAGAGGGCCGCUCUCAACUGGAGGAGGUCCACAGCUUCACUCUGCCUGGGCGGCCGGGUCACGAGAGCACCAGUGCCACCCGACUGACAGUCAUCCUGCUGAAGCGGAGCUGUGAUGUGGCUUGUCUGGGCACAGAGGGGGGAGGGGUACACUUCCUAGAGCUUCCUAGCCUCCGUCUCCUGGACAGCAAGUCCCUCUUCCAGGAUGAGAUAAUGCAGAGUGUUCCCGAGGACUACAAGAGUGGAAAAUCUCUAGGGCCAGUGGAGUCACUACAGGAACACCCCCAGAGUCCAAACAAAGUUCUUAUCGGAUACAGCCGAGGCCUGGUGGUGCUGUGGGACCAGAGCACUAGGCAGGUGGACGGCCUCUUCCUGGGAAACCAGCAGCUGGAGAGCCUGGGCUGGGAGCGCAGCGGGAAGACGUUGGUGAGCUCCCACAGCGACGGUGGAUACAUGGUGUGGGCAGUGAACGGCGGCGGCGGCGGCCUCCGGACACAGCAGCCCGUCACCUCCAUCAUACCGUACGGUCCUUUUCCUUGCAAAGCCAUUAACAAGAUCCUGUGGAGGACGACCGAGUCCGGGGCCCCUUUUGUGCUGUUCAGUGGGGGGAUGCCCAGGGCCAGCUAUGGAGACCGACACUGUGUGACUGUGCUCCAGGAGACGACACAAGUGACGUUGGACUUCACCUCUCGCGUCAUUGACUUUUUCACCAUUCACAAUACAGAUGUUGACAAAGAGUACGAUGACCCCACUGCCCUGGUGGUCCUGCUGGAGGAGGAGUUGGUUGUGAUAGACCUCCAGACCUCUGGGUGGCCCACUGUUCCAUCUCCAUACCUUGCUCCACUGCACUCUUCUGCCAUUACCUGCUCCUACCACAUUUCCAAUGUGCCAACCAAGCUGUGGGAAAAGAUCAUUGGUGCAGGGCAGCAGCAGAGCCCACCUCAGACACACAUGAAGUGGCCCAUCAACGGGGGGAAGAACUUGGCACCAGAGCCGAAGCACAAAGGCCUGCUUCUGACUGGCCAUGAAGAUGGUACAGUGCGAUUCUGGGAUGCCUCGGGCGUCUCGCUCAAGCCUCUUUACAAACUGAGCACUGCCAACAUCUUCCAGACCGACUGCGACCACAACGACAGCCUGACGCAGUCGGGGGAGGAGGAGUGGCCACCCUUUAGGAAGGUUGGCUGCUUUGACCCAUACAGCGAUGAUCCCCGGCUGGGAAUCCAGAAGAUCUCGCUGUGUAAGUACAGCGGAAGGCUGGUGGUGGCUGGGACAGCAGGCCAGGUGCUGGUGAUGGAGCUGAAUGAAGACAAGUCUGAUCACGGGAUCAACAGCGCCGCGGUGGACCUGCUCCAGGACCGCGAGGGCUUCACCUGGAAAGGUCACGACCGGCUCGCCCCCAAGAACGGGCCAAUCAGCUUCCCCCCUGGCUUCCAGCCCCUCGUCCUGGUGCAGUGCAUGCCUCCGGCCGCCGUCACCGCCGUAACGCUGCACGCGGAGUGGAACCUCAUCGCCUUUGGGACCAGCCACGGCUUUGGGCUCUUUGACUACCAGCGCCGCAGCCCCGUACUGGCCAGGUGUACGUUGCAUCCCAACGACUCCCUGGUGAUGGAGGGACCCCUGUCCCGGGUGAAGUCCCUGAAGAAAUCCCUGCGCCAGUCCUUCAGGCGAAUCCGCAAGAGCCGCGUGUCGGGGAAGAAGCGCGUGGCCAUUAACAGCCCGACCAGCAAGGUCCAGGAAGCCAAUGCCCAGCUAGCAGAGCAAGCUGGGCCGCAUGAUGUGGAGGUGGCGCCGGUCCAGAGACGAAUAGAGCCGCGCUCCGCCGACGACUCUCUCUCGGGGGUUGUGCGCUGCCUGUGCUUUGCUGACACGUACCUGAGAGAUGGCACGCACCAUGGGCCGACGAUGUGGGCCGGCACCAAUUCGGGCUCGGUGUACGCCUACGCGCUGGAGGUGCCCUCCCAGGACCGGUUCUCGGAGCAGAGCGUGGAGGCCGUGCUGGGCAAGGAGAUCCAGCUGAUGCACCGGGCGCCCGUGGUUUCCAUCGCGGUGCUGGACGGCCAGGGGAACCCCCUGCCCGAGCCCUACGAGGUGUCGCGGGACCUGGCCAAGGCCCCCGACAUGCAGGGCAGUCACUCCGUCCUCAUCGCCUCCGAGGAGCAGUUCAAGGUGUUCACGCUGCCCAAAGUCAGUGCCAAGACCAAGUUCAAGCUGACUGCCCACGAAGGCUGCCGGGUGCGGAAGGUGGCGCUGGCCAGCUUCGGCAGCGUGGCGUCGGACGAGUACUCGGAGAACGGCCUGGCGUGCCUCACGAACCUGGGCGACAUCCACGUGUUCAGCGUCCCGGCGCUGCGGCCGCAAGUCCGCUACGACUGCAUCCGCAAGGAGGACAUCAGCGGCAUCGCGUCCUGCGUCUUCACCAAGAUGGGCCAGGGUUUCUACUUGAUCUCGCCCUCCGAGUUUGAGCGCUUCUCCCUGUCGGCACGCGUCAUCACCGAGCCCGUGUGCAGCGUGGAGCUGGACAGGCCACACAGCUCCCCUCCUCUCGGGAACAGCACGACGGGGUCGCUUCAGGCCAAUGGGACUCAUAAAUUACAGACUGCAAGUGACAGCCAUUCCCUGGGUGAAGCAGAAGGCGGAAGGGCGAGGAGGAGGGUAAUGGAAAACGCCCUGCUGACAGACUCUAGAGUUCUAGAAGAGAUCCAGGCAGCUCUGUCCUCGCCGGCCCUGGACUCGCCCAACAGCAGCGCCGACAUCACACUCGACACCACCGGAGACAUCACAGUGGAGGACGUCAAAGACUUCCUAGUGUCGGCAGAGGAAGCGGAAAAGAACUUGAAGAAUAUUUCCGAUGACGAUGCCCGGUCCCCGGAGAUCCUGAUCAAGUGAGGGACUGCUGGCAAUGUGAGAGUGCAGUGAAGAUGACCUGAUGAAACUGUGGGGAACUUGAUUGAAUAUGAACUAAUAAUAGUCCUCUGAAGCUGGACCAGAACUCCUGCUUUCUACAGUGUUUCGUUACCCGAUGUCGAGGCUGAAACUCCUCUUCUGUGCCAAAAGACAGUGAGUUUCCUGCGGUUUCCUGUUCAUAUUUUUCUUCUACAAUGGCCACGGCAGGAACUCGUUCCAGCCCCUUUUCCUCUCUACUCGUCUCCACUUAACGGGCUCCCUCCUCACUAAACACGAUUCCGGCCUUCGUCGUAGCGAGAGCAAGUAAGCUUGUUGCCAAGGACGGCUUUCUCGUGUCGUAGUUUGGGCGGCUCUGCUUCAGAAACGGGUGUUGGGAAGCUGUGCUCUACCAGUCCCUCCCCCCAAAGUUCCUGUCCGCAGAGCCUCGGUAACCCCCAAACCUACUGAAGGACCACAGCACCCCGAGAGGGUAUGGACUGUCGCGGCAGCGGAAGAAGCUAACUUUUUUUGUUUUUAUCGCUGCAAGAUCCGGUGUUUGACAAGGCUGUUGCUAUCGACGUACCUGUCUGUCCUCCACAGACUUGUCACCCGGGGGGGGGGGGUUGUAGGAUCAACUCCUAAAGUUCAUGUUGUCUUUGCGUUUAGUCAUUUCUCACUGAGCUGCUUCCUCUCCUUCAGUUUCCUUUGGCGCAACUUUUGCAGUUUUUGUAAAAUGUCUCUUUUGGACCCUGUGGGUUUUUAGACAGCUGAAUGAUGUUUUGAAUGGAGCCAUUUAACAACCGAUGGACUAUUGGGGUGUUCAGUUCUUUGUUUUCUUUUGAAAAACUUUCAUGAAAAGGACCAGAUAUAAGUAUUCCAGGUCUUAUAAAUGACCAACAUUUGCCCUUUCCCUAUCCCUAGGGUUGCAUUACUAAACCUUUUAUGUACACUAAUCAUAGUUUUUGUGUAAAGUCAUAUUUAGCUGUCUUGUAUUCAACCCCAUUGCCUUGUCAUCAAAGCACACUAAGAAUGGUUGAAUUUGUUUCUGCCAGUGAACUGUGAACCAACAAACGAAAGCAAGGCGCAUGACCUGAACACCAAACCUUUUGGAAGAGUAACGUUUUUUAACCUAUUUUUUAAGUGAAUGGUCAAUGAACACUUACAGUUGGUGCAUCUUUAAUCAACUAGUGGAGCUAUAGUCACUUUAAAAGACAAUAUUCAGUUUUAAUAUAAAUGUAUGUGUAUCUUUUUUUAAUUCUUUGGCAGUAUUAACACAUUAUGGAAAAAAACU